AUGAGAACAGAAUUGAACAACGAACCCGUGAAUCAAUACUUUGUGAACGUGUGUACACUGAAGCCCAGGUACUCUGAAGCAAGGUCAGGGUGUCGGUCUCAGUCUCCACAAUUACCAAUUGAUAAAUUUGGCUGCAUUCAUGCCGUGGCACAGGUGAAAAUGUUCACUAUUCGACACGUUGUUACGAAGAACGAUUUAUGUCUCAGCUCAACAGUGAUUGGUGGAUCACUAGCAAAGUUGGCUUACUUCUCAAAAGUAUCCCGGAAACGAAUACGAUAUCCUAGUAGUAGUUCAAAUGUGCUGGAUCCAGCGGAUGAGCUAAAUCCACCUGCCACUUUGAAUGACCAUGAUCCUGUUGUGCAUGAAUGUUCAUUUAUGAAUGUGGAAACAGAGGAACAAGCAUGGAGACUUCAUUUCAUUAAUUUCGAAACAAAGUACAUUGAAACCUGCCUAGAUUUUGUCAAGAGGAACUUCGUUAGGGGAGCGAGAAACAUGAAUGGGAAGACGAUCAAGGUCACUGGAGGUGGUGCCUACAAGUACAAGGACCUCAUAACCGACAAGCUGGGCUUCGAAGUUUCUAAAGAGGAUGAGAUCCAGUGUCUGAUAGAGGGAUGCAACUUCCUCCUUAAGAAUAUUCCUGACGAGUCUUUCAUGUAUCAUCGCCAUGGCGACCCACAGUACGAGUUCAUGGGUCUGCCCAAUGAGCCGGCGUUUCCCUAUCUUCUGGUGAACAUUGGCUCAGGAGUGAGCAUCCUAAAGGUGGAAUCUGACACGACGUAUGAGCGGAUAGGAGGGACGUCUCUGGGAGGUGGAUCCUUCUGGGGCCUCGGCUCUCUUCUCACAAAGGCCAAGGGCUUUGACGAGUUACUGGAGCUGGCAGAACGUGGCGACCAUCGCUCCGUCGACAUGCUCGUUAAAGACAUCUACGGAGGAAGCUACGACCUCAUCGGUCUCCCCGGCGACGUCAUCGCCAGCAGCUUCGGCCGCGCCGCGAGGUCGCCGCGAGAUGCAAGUGGCACUCAGUACAAGGAGGAAGACAUAGCUAGAAGUCUGUUGAUAUCCAUCAGCAAUGACAUCGGGCAGAUUGCCUGCCUCAAUGCUAAGCUGCACGGCAUAAAGCGAAUCUACUUUGGCGGGUUCUUCAUUCGUUGUCGACCAAUCACGAUGUAUACGCUGACGUUUGCCAUAAACUACUGGAGCAAGGGAGAGAUCCAGGCGUUGUUCCUCAGGCACGAGGGAUAUCUGGGAGCUAUCGGAGCCUUCCUGAAGGGCACGCAGGAGAGCAUCGAUGCGCACAAGUAUUCGUGGGACGAGCAUCUUCCAGGAAGCUCCGGUCUCCAGCAUCCCGUCAUGGUCUCCUUCAUGCGGCAGAACAGCAGCAAGGUGGAUUUUCUCGAGUUGGAUUGCCUGGAGCAGCCGCUUGCUUCCUGCCCUCUGCUGCUCUCCACGGAAACCUACUCGGCCGACACGUGGGACCUAGCGAAGGAUGCUGAGGCCAGAGACUACUGGAUCAGCUGCUUCGAGAGAUCCGUAAACGAGGUUGCAGAGAGAGCCGCUCAAAGUCAAAACGACCAAAGCAGUGCUGGCGAGCGAGCGGACAAGUUCAAGUCAAAGUACCUGCAGAAGUUGUCUGAUCUCAGGGAACAGCCGUUUACAUUUGGUUCACUCACAGUGAGGACCUUACUAGACACGAGACAGCAAUAUCUAGAUGAAUUCCAGUUUUCCGACCCAUAUUUACAGCAAAGAAUCAAGGAUGAUGAGGAAGUUUUGCAGUUCCUACCGUCGCACCUCGCGUCUAUAGAUGCUGAGGAGUGGCCGGAGAGACAGCGUAUCGUGGUGCAAGGUUUGCUGGCCGGAACAAGCCGCCGCGCGGACGCUAGGGAGCAUUCCUGUCGUCUGACAAACAACGCGUCGGUCGAGGAGACAAUCUCGUUGCUGAGAGGAAGAAGAUGGCUGCUGGACGACCUUGACGCGUGGAUAGCGAGACUGGAGGGAGAGCCGCACAGAUGUGCCGUGAUCUUCGUCGACAGCAGCGGUUUCGACAUCAUCAUGGGAAUUUUCCCAUUCGCCAGGGAACUGCUACGGAGAGGAACGGACGUGAUUCUGUGCACUAACUCGAAACCCGUCAUGAACGAGGUCACGUACAGCGAACUGUUCAUUCUCGCUCACAACAUCGCCGCCAUGUGCGACGUCAUAGGUGGCGCCCUCGCUGCCGGCAGGCUGGUCGUCAUGGAGUCCGGUCAACACUCGCCCUGCUUAGAUCUCAGCCGGAUCGACGAGCGGCUCGUCGCGGCGAUGGCGUUGCGGGGAGCGGACCUCGUGCUACUAGAGGGCGUCAGUAAGGCCGUGCACACCAAUCACGACGCACGGUUCCGCUGCGACGCUAUCAAGGUCGCGAUCGUCGACGACGCGUGGCUGGCGGGUCGCCUCGGCGGCGCCGCGCCGCGCACCGUGUUUUCCUACGAGCCGGCGCCACCUAGUGGGCCUGCGACGACCGACCUCGCGGCUCCAUCCGUGUUGUGAACGAUGGCGCCAUCUGUACGAACAAGUGUAGCAGGAUAUUCUUGCAAGUGUUGGGAGCAGUGGCGCCAUCUACAUGUGAACGGAUGUAGUGAAGCUUUCUGACAAGUGUUAUGAGUAGUGGCAGCCGGCUGAAAGGGGUGAUAGGAUAUGUUUACUAGGCACUUCUAAUUUUAACAUAUAUUU